CUUGUUGGCGGCGUGUACCUUACAUCUGCGAUGGCUAACACGAUUCUAUGCAUUGGCAGUGCGGAAGAUCCGCACAUACAAGAGGUCGAUAAACAUGUGAAAGCAAUGGACAGCAAGGCAAGAGUUGUGUUGUUCAACCCUUUAUGUGGAAGCCAUUUCAUAGAAAUCACUACUGGAAAUCACCGUUCUGAUGAGUUAUGUUCUAGCUGCACUGUGGUUGUUGAUGGCGAACGAAUCGCCGCUGAUUCGAUCAGAUCGGUCUGGUAUCGCUGGAAGCCGGCCGUACUUUCGGCGGAUGAAGAUCUCCAAGGUCUAAUCGCCAAAGACUUCGCCUUGAAGGAGUGGAAGUCAGUGAUUCGUUCACUUGCGUCAUUUCUUCCUGACGCCAGAUGGCUGAACCCGCUGGCGACCUCGGAGCUCUUGAACUGCAAGCCACAUCAGCUGAGACUCGCGCAGCAAGUUGGUCUGACUGUGCCACAGACCACCAUCACGAACAACCCAAUAGCCGUUGGAAAGCUUUUCGAGCAAGUGGCUCACGGACGAGUGAUAUUCAAAAGCCUGACGCCUCUUUUCGUACCGCCCAACAAGCUGCUCUACACCACAGAGAUAACAAAAGAAUUUCCAUCCGUAUCCCGAGCAAGCGUCACUCGGUGUCCAGCCAUUUAUCAGGAGCUGGUGGAAAGAAAGUCUGAUUUACGAAUCACCGUGGUUGGUCGAGCGGUGUUUGUCGCCCGCAUUGCUUCGCAGAUGCUUGAUGAGAAAAAAGAUCGCUUGGAUUGGAGACGAUGCCAGGACAAGGAUGAACUUUACAGUGUAGCACAGGUAACUGAGUCAUUUAAAGAGCGUUUGCUAGAGUUCCACGAGAAAGCAGGUUUGGUUUUUGGCGCUUACGACUUCUUAGAGCGCGGAGAUGACAUCAUAUUCCUGGAAUGUAAUCCGGGAGGAGCCUGGCUCUGGUUAGAACACAGUCUUGGUCUUAACGUCUCCGAGCACGUCGCGCGAUACCUUCUGGGACGAGAUGAAGCAGACUCUUCCAGAGUUUAAAACUGGAUUUCUUUGUUUCAGUUGUAAUAAACAAAGAGUGUUUAAACGUUUGAGUAUUGACAACAUUGUCACGACCUUAACUGAGUUAGAAUUCUAAGCCGAAGUUCAGCAUUCGGAUUUACGUUUUAACAAUUUAAUUUUAUUGACUAUGACAUCGUCUACAUCACAUCGAAUCACGGGUAAAUCUUAAGUCUCAGCGUGUCCAGCUAUGGUGAUGCUGGCAAACAUGUCGCUGUUAGGCUGGUCCAGCUACCAGUCGUAGUCACCAUAGGAAAACACGUCCAUCCCAGAAUUUUAAGUGCACAGGACAGCGGAA